AUGGGGAUGAGGGAAGGGUGGAUUGGAGGGAAUGGGGAAUUGGGCGUUGAGCAUUGGGAAUGGGGCAUUGGGAAUGGGGCAUUGGGAAUGGGGCAUUGGGAAUGGGGCAUUGGGAAUGGGGCAUUGGGAAUGGGGCAUUGGGAAUGGGGCAUUGGGAAUGGGGCAUUGGGAAUGGGCAUUGGGAAUGGGGGCAUUGGGAAUGGGGGCAUUGGGAAUGGGGCAUUGGGAAUGGGGCAUUGGGAAUGGGGCAUUGGGAAUGGGGGCAUUGGGAAUGGGGGCAUUGGGAAUGGGGCAUUGGGAAUGGGGCAUUGGGAAUGGGGCAUUGGGAAUGGGGCAUUGGGAAUGGGGCAUUGGGAAUGGGGGCAUUGGGAAUGGGGCAUUGGGAAUGGGGCAUUGGGAAUGGGCAUUGGGAAUGGGGGCAUUGGGAAUGGGGCACUGGAAUGGGAGAGGGCGAGCAGUGGGGUAUUGGGAGUGAGUGAGUGUGCAUUGGUGCAGUCUGAAGUAUGGUGCCUGGACUCCAAGGCCUUUGCCGGGGAUCCUCCUCCCACCGGCGCCAUUCCUGCUGCCAUCACUGACCUCGCCACCCUUCAGUACCUGUCCGUCCAUGCUGCCCUCUCCCUCUCCCUCUCCCUCUCCCUCCCCGUCUCCUUCUCCCUCUCCCUCUCCCCUCCCUCCCCCUCUCCCUUUCCCUCUCAUCCUGCCUGCUUGCACCAGCGUGCCUUCGUCUCUUCCUUUGCUCAUCCCAGAUCUGGCCUCCGAUUUUCUGCACAUCCCUAG